AUGGGGACGAGGACGCCCCGAGAUGAAAAGGGCACUGAGGAAUCGAAGGAUCAUGUCAACUUUUCCUGCCCAACGGACACGUCUACAGAUACCGAGGGUCCCUACAAAUACAAAAAGCCGGAAGAUGUAAGCUUUGUAAAAGAUAUGGAGGAAUGUAUGAAAUUGUCUUGCCAGCAUGGGGUCUGUGAGAGAACGAUCACCGGUUACAAGUGCACCUGCUCACCGGGAUGGACUGGAGAACAAUGUCAACAAGCCAGCCCCGGGUGUGGUCCUCCCGAUCUGACCGGGCCCAGCGGAGAGAUCAAGCUGACCACGUACCCCGCCCCGUACGACCCGUACCUGUCCUGUGAGUACAACAUUGAUGGCCAGGGGCUGCCCGUUACUCUGGAGUUCCUGGACCUGGACAUCGAGUACGCCUCCAGAUGUGUCUACGACUACAUCAAGGUGUAUGACGGGACGUCGCAGUCUGACGCCAUGUUGGGGAACAUCUGUGGUACCACAUCCCCGGGAAUCAUCACGUCAUCAGGGGACAAGCUCUUCCUGGUCUUCAAGAGUGACGAUUCCACCAACGGCCGCGGCUACAGGAUCAGAUACUCCGUCGUGACUCCAACUCAGGCAACAACGACGACCACACCGAAGCCGACAACCACACCCCAGCCAACGACUACACCGCGUCCUACAACCCAGACCACCACUACCCCUCGCCCCACAACCCAGACCACCACUACCCCUCGCCCUACAACCCAGACGACCACUACACCUCGCCCAACAACCCAGACCACCACCACACCUCGCCCAACAACCCAAACGACCACCACCCCUCGCCCCACCACACAGACCACCACCACCCCUCAACCUGCUACAACUCCAAGGCCCGUCGCCACUAUCACAACAACCACGCCCGCCCCAGUCUCCACCUAUGUUGACAACUGUCAGAACCUGAGUCCCCUGUGCGGUGCCAACCCCGGCUGGCCCUCGUUCGACAUGUGCAGCACCGACUACGUCAGGGACAACUGCCCACAGUUCUGCGGACUGUGCACAUGUGACAACAGACCCUGCUACAACGGAGGGCAUCGCGGUGGGAACCCGGAUAACUACGGAGAGAACACGUGUGACUGUAACUGUGUGGGUCACUGGAGCGGCCCGACUUGCCAAGUGUGCAACCUGCAGUGUUUGAAUGGAGGUGUUCUAGACCAGUCUACCUGCACCUGUCUCUGUGCGGCAGGUUUUGAUGGGGAAACCUGCACUGAACCCUGCGGCGACAGCAGUCACCUGUGCCGAGCGAACCCCGGCUGGCCAAGUGUGGACUCCUGCGUGCACGACUACGUACGGGACAACUGCCACGCCAUGUGUGGUGUCUGCAACCUCGCGCCCACACCCGCACCCACUGGAGCUGCCUGUCAGAACAAGAGCCCCCUGUGCGGCGCUAACCCGGGCUGGCCAACCACCGAAUCAUGCAGAACCGACUACGUCAGGGAGAACUGCCCACAAUUCUGCGGACUUUGCUCUUGUGGUAAGACCUGUGCCAAUGGCGGGACCGUGGCGGGAAAUCCCAACAGCUACCUGGAGCACACGUGUGACUGUAACUGUGUGGGGCUGUGGAGCGGCGACCUGUGUGACGAGUGCACAGUUCAGUGCCUGAAUGGCGGAACCAUAGACCGCUCCACCUGUACCUGCAGCUGCCCACCUGGCUUCAGCGGAGAGAAGUGCGAAGGUAAGCCGCCCAGUUUCACCCGUACCAGCGGCCUCACAGCUUAUUACAGCAUCGCUGCUGCUGCGUUAUGCUGCCAUCAGCGUUUGAUCUUCAGCUUUUACCAUGCUGAAUAGUUCUCUUGGCGCGAU